ACCGUACGAAUAAGUAUGGGAUGAUUUGUGGUCCGUUUGUUGGGAUGAACCAUCACCAAAGGAACGUGAUGUUUGGUGUUGGUUUCCUAUUGAACGAAGACACCGAUUCUUUUGUGUGGUUGUUUGACUCGUUUUUGAAGAGUAUGGGAGGUAGGUCGCCGAUUACCAUUAUGACUGACCAAGAUGCUGCGAUGGCGAAGGCUAUAAGCAUUGUUUUUCCCAAUGUUAUACAUCGUCUGUGUAUAUGGCACAUCGGGAAAAAUUCCAUCAACAAUAUAAAAGGUUUGAGGGGAAAGGCUGGAUUUGUGGAUCUAUUCAAUUAUGUUCUAAAACAUUGUGAGACCAAGAGUGAGUUCAAGCACUACUGGACAAGUAUGAUUACCAAGUACAAGUGCGCUGCAUGUCCUUGGUUGAUUAGGUUGUACAAGUUAAGGAAGAUGUGGUGUCCAGUUUACUCCAAGGAUUACUUCUCAGGAGGGGUGCUGUCUUCUCAAAGAAGUGAGACUACAAACCAUUCCUUGAAUCAAAGGCUUCAUAGCAUGCAAGGCCUUUGUGAUUUCUACAAGGUUUUUAUAGAUGUUGUUGAGGAAUGGAGGGAUAGGGAGAAUGGUGAAGAUUACAAUGCACUUAAUGGCAACAAACAUCUAGCAUUUGUAGAUGUUAAGUUACUAAAUGAGGCGAAGAAGAUAUACACUGUGGCUGUGUAUUUGACGUUUGAGGAAAAUUUCAUAAGAGGUGCGUCAUUUUGCCAGAAACUAGUCAAGUAUGACCCCCUUUCUUUGAAUACCAUGUGGGACGCACUGAGAAAGAAUAUCUAAUGCAUCUUGUUAGAU